AUGUUUCCUCGGCCCGUUCGUUUGUGUCGGCUCUCGUCUAUCCCGCGACAAUGUAAUGUCAACUCCCAAUUCCUGUCGGCGAAUCGUCAUCAACAUUCCCGAAACUCAUCUACAACAUCCCAACGGCCAUCGAAGGGCCCGUCAGGCAAGCUAUGGUUGACUGCUGCUGCUGUAGCUAUUGCAGCUGGUGGAGCUGGUAUAUACACUCGUUCCCAAGGAGAUACAUCUAGUACCACCCUGGACCCGGUUACGUUCACGAAUUACGAACUUAUUUCAAAGACUCCGGUGUCGUCAACCUGCAGCAUCUUUAACCUGCGGCCGAAAAGGGAGGGAGGAAUAAAUGCAGAAGUCUACCAGGAUGCUUUUGAAACUGGAAUUUGGAGUGUACAAUUCAAACAGCCUCAGCUGCAGGUUGGCCGAGACUACACCCCUUUACCUCCUUCAAUGCAGUUUUCCUCCCUAGAUAAAGGAAACGACACGUCCCUUCAGUUCCUUAUCCGAAAAGACGGCGAGGUAUCCAGCUACUUACAUGACCUUCAACCUGGCAGUAUUGUGGAGAUGCGCGGGCCCCAGCUAGGACUCGAGCUGACCCCGGAUGUCCAAGAGAUCCUUUUCAUUGUGGGAGGGACGGGAAUAGCCCCAGCUCUACAAGCCACUCACACGAUCCUUAAAUGCAUGCGGCCAAGGGAUGAAACAAGAAUACAUAUCUUAUGGGCAAACCGACGGAGAGAGGAUUGUCUCGGGGGCCGUAGUGAUACUGUCGGCUCUCAGUGGAGUUGGUGGUCAAAACUGUACCCUACGACCAAGGCAGUAGACCCGGGAGAAAAUAUAGAAGAACGGAGGAAUUACGUUGUUGAGCAGCUGGACGAACUCAAACGUCUCUACCCCAAGAAAUUCACUGUUGACUACUUUGUCGAUGAAGAGAAAUCACUUAUCGGGAAAGAUUCUAUUAUGAAAUAUAUAAACUCAAGGGCACAGCAUCCGCUUGUGGGUCCAAGGAAGAAGAAACUGAUCAUUAUAUCAGGGCCUGAUGGGUUUGUCAGCUACCUUGCUGGACCCAAGAUGUGGCAUAAUGGACGGGAGGUCCAAGGGCCGCUGCGAGGUAUUUUGAAAGAGUUAAAUAUCUCCGGCUGGUCAGUAUGGAAGCUCUGA